UGGAGGCGAAGGUGAGAUUUUGUGAAUCGGAAGUGUGUUGUGACUCGAUCCUCGGGAUUUUAAGGCUAUUUUCUCCUCUGGCUCGAGGGAUUCACUGAGGAUACCUUUGGGAGAGCGAGAAGAAGGCAUGAGUGAGUGUUUGUGGCAGGAAGGAGAGGUGGAAGUGUGAGAAUUGGCCAUUGGGUUGAACUUCUUCAGCUCGGAUGCGAAAAAACAUCUUUUUGAGGUACAACAACAACAAGGAAAACACAUGACAAAAUUACCCUGGUGAAGCAAGUUACAGUCCAGUCAAAUGUUUGUUUUGCCUGACUCAGGAGUAUGGGGCAAAUAGGAGAAGGAAGACAAUGAGGAAUAGAGAGAACCACUUUGUAUCCCGAAGGUUAGCCUCUUGAGUCUCAGCUGGCCACAUGACCUGGUUGGUGACACAGAGGGAGGGCUGGAAUCAGACCUUCCUGGCUUAUCCAAGAGGCAACUUGUUUGCAAGAAGGUGCUAUGGAGGUUGGUUGCUCACAAGAGUUCGCAGAACUUGUACUUCCAAGAACUCAAGAUAGGUACAGAAAUCAUGCAGGCGUGAAGUGAUUGUUGGCCAUGUGAAGAUGGUCGAGCCACAACAGAAAAGGGUGAAGUUGCCCCCCUCGGGAGAUGACGGUGGGGGGCAGCUGCUGCCACGGCCAGACUUAGAAAUCAUCCACGCACAGCUCAUUCGUAAAUGUCUGUGCUCCUUGCAGCUACCAGACAUCCUGCAUACAUUAGCUGUCUGCAAUGACUGCUUUUCCUCUCAUCCUUUAUCCCACAUGUUGCGGCUGCGUGACGAAACUCUCCUCUAUAUCAGCAUGCUCACCUUGUUUUUUGAAGUGUCCCUCAGACAGCAGAGCAGAGGUGUGCUGUGUUCCCGCAUCAGUGAGGUUGUUGCAGCAGGAGCAGACAAUGAAGGGGCUGUGCUGGACAUCCUCUUUGGCUUCAUGGCCUCAGAGGACAAGUACAUCAGUUACUCAGCCUCACGUGCUCUCUCCUCACUACUGCUGAUGCUUCGAGGCCGUGCCAGUGAACUUGUUUUAGAAAAGCUUGUAGAAAACCUUGCAGAUUCAGCCAACUUAAUUGAAGUAGGCCACUCCAUUGAGGUAGUGAGAAGAGUGAUUGAGUGGAGGGACCUAGAUGAACAUCCCCUUGAAGGAACGGAGGCAGAGAGUGCUCAGCCGCCAGACUGUUCAAAAAUAACGUUAACUCCUGCUGAUACCCAGGGAGUGAAUGAGGUUAAAUACGUGGCAACUAAGAAGUUAGAUCGCAAGUGGUUCCUCCUGGUAGCCAGGUUGACAGAAUUAGUUAAUGAGUUUACUGUGGAAAGAGAACAUGUUAUUGUAUCAUUUUUAACAUUGUGGGAGUCAUUAAUAUCAGUGAAAGCUAAUUUAUCAGUGACAGAUACUAAAGAAUUUUACUCAGGAUUGGAACGCCUGAUGACUCCACUCACGCGACACACACAUACCAUUGUGUGGCGGAAAGUGCUCGAUCUUUACAACGAGGUCUUGUGUUAUGGGAGUACGCUGGCCCUCCAGGACGUAUUAGCAGAGGAGCCCUGUAACUUGGCCCACCUCCUUAUUCGUGCAGUGAAGAUCGCCGGUUUUUUGGAGUGUGUGCCUUGUGGGGGGUCAGCGGGAAACAGAUCACAACCAAGUCAGAGCUCAUCCAUGGACAUUGGAGCUGGGCCCAGUUCAGGAACAGUGAAUGGUAUGGACCAAGGGGAUCGUACGAUAUUACACAAAGUGGUGUUGGUGGUUCUGAAGGCCAUAGCAGUGACAGUGAAAGAGACGCGCUGUGACUCUUCGUCGGAGAAUUCUUCCCGUUCUGGAGGAUCAGGGUCCGAGGAUGUGGACAUGGCGAUUAUAGAACGCAGCUUAAGAGAAGUGGUGCGCAAGGUGGACCACUUUGUCAAAUCGAAGUUGCCCUACCACCCAGAGGCUCCGAUGGCUGAGUGGAUGGUGCGACUCUUUGCUGACCAGGACGACUGGUUGGUGGAAUCCAUGGUCUGUGGCCUUGACAUUUUCACUGGAUUAGGAAUACGUAUAAGGCAGCAACCCGAACUUCAUGCCUGCGUCAACCCACAUACCACCUUCCUGGUUUUCCUCGAGACCAUUUACCUGGAACAUGAUGUGCUUCUGGAUCUCCUGGUAUCCAACGAGACUUCCUUCCUCCUCUACCUGCUACGCUACCUCAAAUUCAUCCGUCGCAGUUGGCAGGAGUUUGCCUCCCACUGUGGCCACCGCUUAGAGGAGGUCAUGACAGUCUUAAUCCGUCUCCGUUUUGCCAUUGAUCGGCUGGUGUCCAAGAACCUCUUCCCAUAUAACAUCAGCCCUGUGCUAAAGCUGUUGCAGAAGUGUGAGGAGCUGUACGAGGUUGGGAAUCAUUAGCUCCUUCAUCUCGAGCAGAGUACAAGAGACAAAAGGCCUCUGUUCCUCUAACACUUAAUUUGGGAGCUUGUUCUUGGAAUUUUUUUUUUCUAUUUUUUUUUUUGUUUUGUUUUUAUAUCUCGUUUUUAGAAACUUCAUACCUUUCCCAAGAAGUGAUAAUUCUGUGAGGUGAUGUUUGCAAGAAAUUAAUCAUUUUAUAAAGAAAUUAUUAACUUUCAUCUUUGUAAGAUCUGUCAUACCCAUGUAUAACGUUCAUUUCUUAUACUUACUUUUAAUGAUUCUCUAAUUGAAAAAGAUAUGAAAAAAAGAAAAGCAGAAGAAGAAGAAGAAGAAGAAAAAAGGAAAGUUGUUUAUAUUAUUGUCUUAGCGUAAAUAAUCUGAUACUCAAAACUCUCUGUCCAUUCCUCUAAUAUAUAUUUUUCUUUAUGCAUAAACUUUUCCUCAUUGAUUCAUGUCAUAACAGCGUAUAAACUUUCAGGUAAUAUACACUUGAUUCCUGUGACAAAUUAUCUUUGUUAUGCAAUUGAUGAUUGAUUGCUUUUCCAAGUCGUUGUUUGAGUGUGGGAGGGGUGGGGGGG